GUGGCAAGCCAAUGGCAAGGGCACAUUGCAAUCUGCACUUUUCAAUGGACAGAACCACAACUGCAAAUGCAGCUCUGAUCGAAUUCAGGAUGGGCGCCUUCGCAACUUUCUUCAAGUCCUUGUCCUGCAUUCCAACGCGCAUCUUCUGACGUUGAACAGCACUUUUGAUUGAUAGAGGCCGCUGCACUGAAGAGGCGCAACUUCCUCCACCUGAACUCCGCCGUCCAUGACUUUCUUGCAUUUCCCUUUUCGCAAUUACAUCCCACUUAGGGGACCCUGACCUAUGUUUAUCUGGGAUUGGGCUUUGGCGCUGCCAAUAAGUUGCCACUCAAAGUAUUCUUGCCAAUUAGGGGCUUGAAUAAGUUCGCACCCACUUGCAAGCUCCACCUGUAAAGUAUGCAGAUUCAAACGCAAAGGACGUAGGAACUGCUCAUAGACAGAUAGAGCCAGAUACACAGAAUGACCUCUCUGAUCAUCCUGCCAGAUGCUGGCAUGUUCAACGCACUAAGUGGACCUUUCGCGUGCACUAAGGUUUCCUCUGGUUCAGAGGAGAAGGGAGUUCCCCUCGAGAAGAAUUGUGUCCUGCCGACAAUCUCCACUGACACGCUUGUCCAACUGCUGUCGAGGUCGUUGACCAGCAGCUCCUUUGACACGGUGAAGGUGUUGGACACAAGGUUUCCCUAUGAGUAUGAUGGCGGUCAUAUCACAGGAGCUAUGAAUCUCUACCAACCCCAAGACAUGGAAGACUUCUACCAUGCCAACUCUGGUAACCAUGAGAGGACCUGCCUGGUAUUCCACUGCGAAUUCUCGUCUUCGCGUGCACCCAAACUCUUCCAGUUCAUGCGCAACCUGGACCGCAAGAUGCACGCUGACUCAUAUCCGAAGCUGAGCUUCCCAAAUAUGUUUAUCCUGGAGGGCGGCUAUAAAGCCUUCUUUGAGAGCAAAAAGGUCCUUUGUGAACCAAAGGCAUAUGUUAAGAUGGUGGAUGCUGCCUUUCUACCGCAGCUUAAGAGGCUAACCAGCAGUCUUCGAAAAGGCUGGUCUAAUCGGUCACGAUCUGCAUUACAAGACAUGUCAAACAGCAGCGAUCCUUCACAAGAAAAGGAUCGCCAAGAAAGAUCUAAGAGGAUAAAAAGGUGCAACUUCCUUUCUUAGAAGUUGCAGCCAUCUAGAUCCGGUCACGUCCCGUACCAGGUGCAACUCCUCGCGCAUGCGAUGUUGACAAAGUUUUAGAAAGCCUGGAGACAAAGCACAAGUCAAGAUAGAGAUCUCAAAACAGCGACUCGCUAGCAUAGAUGAAGCACCGCCCUAAUCACUGAGCAUGUACUCAGGCCCGAGAACGUGUUGAUCAUUCUUCAUAGUUUGGACUAGGCUAAUGUGGUGUGUCUGAUGUUGUCUCCCGUCUUUAGACGCUUCUUGCACAGCUCUGCCAUGCUGGGUGUUGGCAUCACCCCCU